AGUCAUCCUUAUCAGUUUCGCAGUAUCGGGGAGUCAAUCUUUAAAGACGACUUGGCCUGGUUACUCGUGCAAUAUGUUGAUUUUAUUUUGUUUGUGUUUAUCUCUGGCGUAUGCUGCGGAGUUUACAUUACCAGGCGAAUGUCCUGAUGUCAAAAUACAUGAAAAACUGGAUUAUACUAAGUUUUCAGGAGUUUGGUACAAUGUGGCCAGCUACGCAAGUGAUGGACGUAGCAUUUAUGAUUGCGCUUCCCUUGACUUCCAAGAGGACAACCUCGGCUAUACAUUAAGAGAGACAUAUGUUGAUUUCGACAAUGGCAACAGGACGCAGAAGUCAUAUUUUGCUAGAGUCGACCCAACUUUUGAUGCUGGGAAUAGAGCACAGUUCAUCGUCAGUCAUGAAGACGGAGAUAAAGUGCUACAGUUUCCCUUCUUCAUAUUAUCAACUGAUUAUGACAGCUACGCUAUCGCAUACACCUGUAAAACCUUGAAGAAGAAAGUUAGAACCCAUUAUGUGUUUACCUGGGUCCUCUCCAGGAACAAGGAGAAACUACACGGCGAUACCCUGAAGAAUGUUGAGACUGCCCUCUCUAAGUACUCGGAGCUGGCGGAGCACAGACAGUCAUUUGUUUUAAAAGAUUUCAGCGAUGUAACUUGCGCUUACGAUAAUAAAUAUGAAACUGACUUUUUUACCAGUAACUUUUGGUGAAUAUAAUCUGAAUAAAUAUUA